CCUUAUCACAUUCCUGAAAAAGAGUCGUUGACAACGUUUACUUUUAAUUUUCUUAGUUCGUUAAUUAUGACAGGGGAACCGUUGUAGAUUUUAUAUACUGAUUAAGUUGAGCACGUUAAUGCAUUGAAGGUUUUGGAUAAUGUUGAGCUGACGCUUAUUUUAAUUUUAUGGGUAAUAACACUGCCAGUCAAUAGCCUACAGGAAGUGAACUUUUCCAGUAGUGCCCAGUGUCCAAUAGAGACCACUGAACAUAUAUUUGCAUAACAAACAGGCUGUACAUACCACUACACAAGUCUUUUGUAAAAUGAAAUAACAAACUAGUGGUCUGGAUGUACCGUUUUACUACGACAUGAUAUAGUAAUAACAGUAUGGUUCUUUGAUGAACUUACUUGAACAUUUGGAAGAGGCUGUGAGAGGAAUAUCCAGAUUACAAAAAAAUGUGAUACAUGAAAAUUAUAUUGAAAACUGGCUGAACACGAAGUAGGGAAAGGAUAAUGAUUCGACAAGGACUGGUGCAGGAGAAAGUUGCAGAUCUGGCUAUGGGCAGUCAGCUGCCUCAACUCAACAGUAACUACCCACAGUGGGCGCGGGUCAACACGCUGGACAAAGCCAGAUAUCCCAAGCCAUUUGUCAAGGAUCGACUGAUGGCCAGCGAGGAGGACAAGAAGGACGAGGAUGGGUUUGUGAUAGACAAUUCGGAAAUGAACCCGACACAGAGGAUUCUCUAUCUGGAGAGGAGCCUGCUGUUCCUCAGGCACCAGCACCAGGACGUGUUGAGAAGUUUGCAUGAAGAGAUUGAAUCCUUGAAACGAGACAACAAAGAUUUACAGUUCAAGAUUGUGAUGAGUCAGAAACCGUACCGUAGCAAGAAGAAAACUGACGAGGACCAUGGAGCUGAUGGGAAACACGAUUCUCUAAGUAAAGAUUCAUCAUUGGAUUCAUUUUCAAAAGAUGAUGAUGACUCUUUGAGGUCUAGAGAUGAAAAACUGGAUGAAAUUAAAGUGGUGUUUUUGGAAGAAGAAAUUAAGGAAUUGAAGCACGGACUCCGAGAGACUCGCAAUCGUAAUACUUACCUCACCCAACUUCUUGAACAGUCGGAGGAGCAGAGAAAAAGACAACAAGCCUCAAUGGAUACAAUGAAAUACCAAUCUCCACAGGAGAGCAACCCAACAGCUAAUAUAUCAGAUCAGAUAACCACAGGAAAUGGCUUGCUGCAGACAAAUGGCCGUCCUCUGACAUUGGCAGAAUGUCAUGCCAUUAUACGGCAGCAGAAAAAUGUUAUGGAACAACAAACACAUGAGCUGGAAUCGUUAAAAUCUGACCUCCGGGAUGUUCUAUACUCUCACAAGUGGACGCCGGAUGCCUACCUCCUUGCUAAGGCAUACAUUGCCGCAGAUGAUCUCAAACACAUGAGCACCAAAUCAACACUGCCCAGGAUACAACUCAAACAACAGACUAGAAAACUACCUGAAGGGGUGUAUCUUCAAGACACUCUUACCCUCCCUGCCCUGAAGCAGACGGUCAGCAACAAAGCCAUUGAACGAAGGAAAAGAACACAGAUUCUGCAGAAGGCACGGUUGAGGAAAGAAGUGUUGCCAUAGAAACAUGCCAUUUUAGAUAUAUAUUUAGAGUUAAACAUGUAGAGGUUCUAGUUAUGAGAACGGUUAGAACUUUGCCCACACUGAUUCACCAUCCGAUAUUAAUCUUGUUUUAAUUAUUUUCACCGAAGCAGUGUUUUGGAGAGCUGUUCAUUACUAUUAAAACUGUUGUCAAUACAAGAAAUAAGGUGGAAAACAAAAAUUACGUUCAAGUCACUGCCAUAAUGAGGUUGAAUAUAUCAAGUUUAUAGAAAUAUUGUUUUAAUGAGCAGGGAAAUACUAUACAUAUAUCCUUUUGCAGUUUAUUUCAAUUAACGAAUCAUUGGUAUGUAAUCUUAAAUCGGACAUUUCCAUGGCGGAUUUUAAAUAAAAACAUGAGCUGAAUAUCUUGCAUAACCUGGCAAAUAAUGACAAAUUAUCUCCCUUUAGGACAGGUCACUAGGAACAUUUAAAAUCAUUUUUAAUGGGACACCAGUGGGAAUAAAUCCAACAGUGUUCCUUGUAACAUCUAAGUAACUCAUAUAAACCAGUGUGGAAAACUCUAAUCUGGGUUUGAUGAUUUUAAACCACAUUGUUUCUGUAACUAUCCUAGUGUAUUGUGUUUAAUAUGAGUCUAGGCAAGGGUGCUUUUUAAUCUCAUUUUAGGUGUCGGGGGUUUUCUGUCGUACAUUGCACUCAUCAUCAAGACCAUGGAUGGCACAUUCUAAAUGUGCGAUUCACAUUGCAGAUAUUAAGUACGGAGGUUGUUAUUAUUAUUAAAAUAUAGCUGUGAGUGAUGUGAGACAUCAGUAAAUUUAAUUGUUUGUAGAUGUAGCUGUAUGAACAUUAUUGUGAUUUCACACACACAUUCAUGGCAUUACAAUAUUGCCCAAUAAAUUAAAAGCAAAUCUCCUGUCUCCACUUUUCAAUUAAUACAGAUACUGAAUUCUUGUUGGUCACAUGGUUUUGUUGUUUUUUAACUUACCACAAUUUAAACUCUACAAAUUUGCUCUCCAUAAACUAUUUUAGCAUGCAUAAUUUAAAGUAAAUACCUGGUUACUUUUAGUGAGUAAAUGUUUUAACAAAAUGUAGGAGAAAUUCAGUUUAGUAAAGAAAAAAGGAAAUGUGUGCACAGGCAGAUUACAUUUAUCAGCUACUGGAUACCAAUCCCAAUUAUUUGAAGAGUAAAUUUAAUUGUAAUACAAAAUAAUACAAUGUAAACUUCAAGACCUAAACAAUUUUUUUUGCUCAUCACUACCAGUCACAUUUUCCCUUUUGUAGUUCUAAAAUUGUAAAAAUGCAUUUCACACUAACAUUUCUUUAAUAAUUUUAAAAUUAUAUAUUACAUUUUGUACAGGUUUAAAAUACAAAAAAAACUAAAUUUAUCUGUGAUAAAAUACAAAAAUUGACAAACAGCUAAACUUUACAUUACAAAAGACCUAAUUUACAAUUGGCAAAUUUCCUCUCAUGAAUAGAGAUUAUGAGUCUCUGUUGUAAUAACUCUACACAUAAUACAGUUUGGAUGAAUAGCAAUUGAAUGAAACUCAUGCAAGCGUGUUGUGCAGUUAUUUGGGUUUUGUUUUCUGUUUUUUUUCUUCUCCUUUUGUUGCCGUGUACUUUAUGCUUUCCUCUUAAAUGUCACUGAAAGACCGUCAAUGUUUGAGGCCACAUAAUAAAAACUGACAUAACAAAUCACCCUUUGCUGCAAACAGUACUUUACACACCACCUACAAAGUAAGUAAUUAUUAAGUGCCCCCACCCAUCAUUUGUCACAGCAAAUAUUGCUUCUUAAACCUGUGAGUAAAGGGCUCUCGGGCAUGUACAUAACAAUCUUUAUAAGCCGGUUGUCUUAAUAUUGAAGUAAAAUAUAUCUUUAAAUGAAGUACAUUUGCAUUCAUUCAUUCAUUCAUACCUGUAAUUAUAAAAUGUUCAGCCUGGAAUUGCCACAACAAUAUCUGCUGUAUGUUUUUUUUCAUUUGGAUGCAGGUUAUACUCUAUACUCCCUUAAGUGCUCUUAACUGAAAAGUUAGGGUUUUCCCCUGUCCAUCCAUUUAAGAACCAUUAGUUUUUAUCAUUAUUGUGUGUAUACAGUUUGUUUUAUAGAUUCUAGUAGUCAACAGCCUGACAUUAUGAGGGUUUUGUGAGUUUAGUAAAGUUAUUCUUAUUAUUGUUGUGUAUAUAUUGGUUGAAGUUCUUUUUUAUUUAAUUAGUCAUACUGAAUGCUGUGUCUUCAUUAGAAAUGAUUUUAUAAGAUAACCUGGUAUGUGGUUAUCAGUAUAUAAUCAAACCCCCAAACAUUACCACCACCCUCCCAUCAAAUAAAACCAUUAACUGACUGGUCUCGAAUAACAACAUUGUCUCAGUACGCCACAACAAAGUGUACAUUGGAAUGAAUGGCACAAACGGGAAGUGACUGAAAGUUUUGUUUUGUUUUUUCUUUAGUUCAGUUGUAUUGUGACAGAAUUUCUAUUUCUCACUGUUUAUUUGUUUAAAUACAUUUUCAUGUACAAGUAUGUCAGCUGAAGCAAUCAAAUAAAAUAAAAUUAAUUUGAGAGGAAACAAAAA